UCUCAAAUACCACAGAGAUUUUCACUGAGAGAUGGAAGCGAGUGAAAUAUUACUGAUUUUUCUCAGUAUUACUACAGUCUCGUCGUCUCUUCCCUUGCAAACUCCCUGCAGCGGAAAAGAGUGCAGUGAAUCACAUGAAGUCCACAGGCGCGCCUUACCGCUGGAAUGCUGCGCAUGCGGGAAAGCCACUUACAAACUAACAUUCAAAGGUAAAUGGAGUCAAGAAACGCACGCGCGCCAUCAUCCGGGACCCAUGGCUAGAUGGUCACCAUUGAUUGGCUGCUCCCAUAGUAACAAAUACGUCAUGUGGCGUUAUGGCGGGAUUGCGUCACGCGCUGUACAGAUGAUGAGCGAGUGGGGGGCCACUGAGUACUUAGAUGAAGAGAUGCGGAAUCAACAAGAAAAUGUCAUGAGUAUCAUUCAAACCCCGAGUCUAUGGUAUGGCGUCGGAGAGAGCUCGGCAGUAUUUCGGGUGGACAGUACACGCCACUUAUUGUCUAUGAUAUCCCGUAUGAUCCCGAGUCCCGAUUGGAAUGUUGGCGUUGAUCGGGUAAACCUGUGUACUACGAAUUGUACGUGGAAGCACGAAGAGACCAUUGACUUAAUCCCUUGGGACGCAGGAACAGAUGACGGGAUCACAUUCAAGUCCCCAAACGCCCGUUCCACUCCAAAGCAGCCAAUAAGCCGCAUCACUACCCGGCUUCAUGACCAUCCAAGGGCUUCAUUUUACCUCAACACGAAUGACCAAAUAAGGCCUUUUGCAAGCCUGAAGCUAGAGCGUCUAGCGGUCAGCGGUGGUUGCUCGAAUGAUGCCCAUAUCGCACCGAAAAAUCCAUAUCCUCCGAAAUCAGCUCGUAUCGAUUGUCAGCUGACUCAUUGGUCCAAGUGGACGUCAUGCUCAGUCACGUGUGGUGUUGGGGAGCAAAUAAGAGGACGUGAUAUAAUCAGGGUCCCAGAGCAUGACGGGAUUCCCUGUCCUAAUCUUUAUGAGCACAGGCCAUGUGCACGCCAGCGAUGUUCAAGCACGAAAAAGUGUGAAGUUACCCCGUGGUCAGCAUGGAGCUCAUGUCGGGGUUCCUGUGGUGUUGGACGCAAAGUACGCACGCGUCGUAUCAUCCGCCAAUCAUCUCUCUCCGGGAUGACGUGUCCUUCAUUAGUCAAGAAAAGGAAAUGUAAACUUUCUCCAUGCCGUCAGGGGGACCAAUCACAAGCUUUAGACUGUGUCGUCACGUCAUGGUCCGUUUGGUCCACGUGUAGUCGUGAUUGUAAAGGCAGGAUGAUCAGAACGAGGCAAAUUCUGCGGAAAAGUCGGGGCAGAGGCAGACCCUGUCCAAGAUUACGACAAAAGAAAAAAUGUAACCGCAGUUGUAAAGGUAGGCGAGUGAUUUCUUGGAAGCACUUCAGGCGCGGAGGAAUUGCUGAGGGUAAUGCGAAGACUUACAUAUCCUAAGGAUUUUUUUUGCUGAUAAUCAAAAGAAAAAGACGGCUUUGGCGAUCUAGGUGCGGCGGAACUGUCUGCACCCUGUACGUGAGGAUAAUCGUGGUAGUGGUGUGUUAAUGGCACAGAUGGCAAAUAAUGAUGGUGACAGUCGGGAUUCGUGAAUACCUUGUCCUCUCGGAUAGGAUGUUAAGGUGGUCCUGUCUUUAAUUUGUUUUAUGGCGCAAAAAACUUCAAUGGACGGAGGCCCGUGGUACCAUUAUCAGUGCCUUGCACACUAACUCACAUUCAUAAUUGUAAACUAAUAAGAACUCUAUAUAUCCACGAGUAAAAAAUAAAUAAAAUCCUGACAUUAUUAA